GAUGUGACUCCUCCUUCAUCGGUUCCCCAGGUUGUCUGGGUGGGACGCGGGGUUUCUGCGCCCGCGGACUGGUUGUCCAGGACCGGGGCCAGUGUGGAGAAGGGUCCGGGUCAGGGGCAGGACACAUCCAGGACACUGGGGUCUAGUCUUGAGCAAGAAGGCCCCACCUGCCCUGAGUCUCCCGGGCCUGCUUCAGUUUUCCUUCGCAAGUUAAAUGGGGCCAGUCCCCUUCCCUCGGCCCCCAGAGUGCUUGAAGUCUGAUCCCGAUGCACUCUUUGUGGCCUCCCUUCACCAGCUGCCCGCCUGCCGCCAUGCUGCCCCUGCGCCUAUGCCGGCUGUGGCCCCGCAGCCCUCCCACCUGGCUCUUCGCAGAGGCCGCCCGGCAGCGCUUUUCAGGUGUUUUUGACACAAGGAAUCUGAGAACUACACUUUGAGAUGUUCUGAUCUGCAACAUUGCCAAAACACUCACAAAGAGGGAUGAUUUGGAGAUCUGGCCCCAGUAACUACUAUGAACUAUUGGGGGUGCAUCCUGAUGCCAGCACUGAAGAAGUUAAACGAGCUUUCUUCUCCAAGUCCAAAGAGCUGCACCCUGACCGGGACCCUGGGAACCCAGCCCUGCACAGUCGCUUUGUGGAGCUGAGUGAAGCGUACCAAGUGCUCAGCAGGGAGCAGAGCCGCCGCAGCUAUGACCACCAGCUCCGUUCAGCAACUCCCCCAAGGUCUUCAGGAACCACAGCCCAUCCCAGGUCGGCUCAUCAAGCACACAGCUCUUGGGCACCCCCCAAUGCACAAUACUGGGCCCAGUUUCAUCACGUGAGGCCUCAAGGACCAGAGUCAAGGCAGCAGCAGCACAGACACAACCAAAGGGUGCUGGGGUACUGCCUCCUGAUCAUGCUGGCAGGCAUGGGCCUGCACUAUGUUGCCUUCAGGAAGCUGGAGCAGAUGCACCGUAGCUUCAUGGAUGAAAAGGAUCGGAUCAUCACAGCUAUCUACAAUGACACACGGGCCCGGGCCAGGGCCAACAGAGCCAGGCUCCAGCAGGAGCAACAGCAGAGGCAGCAGCUGCAGCCACCACCUGUGCCUCCCCAAGGCCCAGGAAUCUUGCCCCCAAGCACCAGCCCCUGAGCAGCUCACCUGGGUGGGGUCUGCUGUGUUUGCUCCGGGACUCCCCACUCCCCAAAAUGCAUGCAAUAAAGUGGUUCUCAGCGCU